UCUUUUUUUAAAACCGUCAAUAGUUUUGAGAGUUGCUCUCUUAAGGCUGUCGCUAUUGCGGGGUUUCCCCCGGCCUUAUGUAAGAGUUGCAUUCCUUUAGUUGCAUUCUUUUGUGGCACCGGAGGGGUGGGAGAAGGGACGAGCCGUGAUGUACUGAGUAGCAUUCUGAUAGGCAGAAAUAUUUUUGAUGCUCUGAUGGGGAAGCUACGUCUCGGUAGACUUUAAGAAAAUGGUUCUGCUCCAUGUGAAGCGUGGUGAUGAGAGCCAGUUUUUGCUGGAAACAACAGGCAGCACUUCCAUUGAAGAUUUAACUUUAGCAGUGACAAGGAUCUACAAUGGAAGGCUCAAAGUUCAACGUGUUUGUGCAGAAAUGGAAAUGCUGGCAGAACAUGGUAUUUUAUUACCUCCUAACAUGCAAGGUUUGACAGAUGAACAAAUUGAAGAGCUGAAGUUGAAAGAUGAAUGGGCAGAAAAAUGUAUUCCAAGCGGUGGAAGUGUAUUUAAAAAAGAUGAAAUUGGGCGAAGAAAUGGCCAUGCUCCAAAUGAAAAAAUGAAGCAGGUUCUAAAAGCAACAACAGAAGAAGUCAAGGCACUAAUUUCUAAGAAACAAGUUCAAGCUAAUGUAUAUGUUAAUAUGGAUAUGGUGAAAGAUGCUCUGGAUCAACUUCGAGGAGCUGUGAUGAUUGUUUAUCCAAUGGGACUGCCUCCAUAUGAUCCAAUUAGAAUGGAAUUUGAAAAUAAAGAAGAUCUGUCAGGAACUCAUGCUGCUCUUGAAGUUAUUGAGGAACCAGAGGCACAGUUGUGGUGGGCGGUAAAGGAGCUGAAAAGAACAAAUCAGCUUUCUGACUAUGUGGGCAAAAAUGAUAAAACAAAAAUUAUUGUCAAGAUACAGAAAAAAGGACAAGGUGCUCCAGCCCGAGAACCUGUUAUAAGUAAUGAAGAACAAAAACAAAUGAUGCUUUAUUAUUACAAAAGACAGGAGGAACUAAAGAAAUUAGAAGAAAAUGAUGAUGAUUCCUGUUUAGAUUCUGAAUGGGCUGACAGUCAUGCUUUGAAAAGACAUUUUCAUGGUGUAAAGGACAUCAAAUGGAGACCAAGAUAAAAUGAGUUGUAUAGAUUUAUUUUUAACAAAAUUCAUGAAUCUACUGGUUAUAGUGGAUAUAUGAAUACAAAUCUGUGCAUUGUAUAUUCUUAAUUGUAGUGCCAUAGAAGAAAUUUAUUAUGGAGUUUGGUUCAAUAUUAGUCUCAGUCUUAUGCACAAGCCACACUUUACCAGUAGAACGGGUUGUGUUGUGUUGUGUUGAAAAUCAGUUUUAAUAGACUAUCAGAUCAGAUGCUUACAUUUUAAAAAGCUGUCAUACUAAUAAAUAAGUUUGUCCUUGUUCUGCA